GCUUAUUCAAUUGAUUUAUUCAGUCCGUAAGAAAAACUUUUGAUUGUUCCAACACACUACAUCCUACUAGUGUAGAUGCGUUCCACAUUCCACCUUGGUCAGCUCAGAAACCAGUUUGAAUCAAGAAUCUAAUACUGUAUAUAUUUAACAUGAUGGGUAUGUACUGCUACAGCAUCAUGCAUGUCUUUAUGUUCAGCAUGUUACUACUAACAUUUAUACAUAAAACCAGUGGUCUAAAAUGUCUUGGAAAUCUUGGGAAAUGCCAGCAGUGUAAUAAUAAUGUUACACAUUGCAUCGACACUGGUUAUACAAACACAUUUCCUCUGCAGUAUAUUCCCCUAACCACCACAGAUGUCAUCUUCACUGGGAACAAUGUCUCCCGUCUCCCCGAUAACAUUGUUGGUGAAUGUACGGGAAGUGGGAAUCGACAACUGAAACACUUAAGUGUCCUGGAUUUAUCUCAGAACCAUAUAAAAUCAAUUUCUGGCCAGGCAUUUCAUUGUAUGCCUAAUUUGAAGGUGCUUAACCUCGAGAAAAAUGACUGGCAGGUCGAUCAUCAUGUCCGUGUUUUUUCAAAUUUGAACCUUCUGGAGCGCUUAGACCUCAGCGAUGCUUUUAUGGAGUGGGUUGAUUCCAAACAUCAUCUUACAAAAUUAGUGGAUAUAUUCUACAACAGUGACUUAUCAGAAUUGCAGGAGCUUGCCUUGGAUAAUAACGAACUAUAUGAACUGGAUGAUGAAUUCAUGCAAAGCCUCUGUACCUUGCGUUCUUUAAACGUCCUCCAUCUUAAGAAUAACAAACUUUUUGAUCUGGUUGAUUUUAAAGUGCGCUGUCUUCAGUCACUUGAGUUCCUCCAUAUUGAAAACAACCAGUUUCCCUUCAUACACAAAGAACUGAGAGAAAUGCUGGAUACUGUCCACUCGAGUCAAGCUACAUUAGGUAAGAGCCUACAUGUCGGUAUGGAAUAUAAUCCAUUUAACUGUGACUGCAAGAUGAAGGAAUUCCACAAAUGGCUACAGUUGACUGGUAUUGUUUUGGAAAAGGAUAAACUGAAAUGUGUGCAGGGCUAUCCCACAUCAAAUAUCAACAAAACAAUAUUGAGCCUCACUUUGGAUCAGCUUCAGUGUAAACCUGAAAUGACACCCUCAAGGUACAUGGAACCAUCGUACACUGUCCUAGUUGUUGUGCUUGUGCUCCUCUCACUUCUAACUGUUGUUGUUUUGUACAUGAACCGAGCAAAGGUUAUCAAAACGGGGCGUGAUUAUUGUUACACACCAUGUGUUAAAUCUUAUGGGAACUAUAAAAGAGGGGUAUCGUCAGUUAGUGGUAACACUAAGUAUAAUUAUUCAUCCGUUGAGGAAUCAGUCAGUGAUACUACUCCCAUCAGUGCUUAAAGUUGCCUUGAAAAAGUCUGAUACUGUAAAACAAGAAAUUUCCAUGAGAUUUAUUUUCCUUUUUUGAAUAUUUCACAGUUUUGAAUCUUAAUAUGACGUAUUGAUCGAAUCUACCCAUAGCAAGCAAGUUUUGAAAAUGUGCUUUACCUUAUUGAACUUGACAUAUUGUGUAUUUAUAGAGUUCAGUGGUGAGAUUGAAAAAUGCUCAUGUACCAAAGAUAUUGUUAUUCAUUCAAUUUAGUGUUAAUUAUGAAUUGCAAUUUAAUUCCACAAAUAUAUCAAGAAAACCCUCCCUGGACUUUGAAUGAGUCAAAAUUAUGUUACAUGAUUGAGGAUAUUUCUCCUUUUACAGUAUCCAUUUUAACAUCGUAUACACAAUGAACACUAUUAUAAUAGAACAGCUUAGUGGAGUAAAAUAUGUUAUCACAUUAACAUAAUAAUCUCAUUAAAAUGUAUUAUUCUUUCACAGAAUGCUAAUCUAACCAUUAUCAGAAUAAAGUCACCAGUCAGUAUCACUAAACAUGGAAGGCUGUAACCAUAUCUUUCCAAAUGGUAAAAAAUGAAAUAGUUUGAAUAUUUGUAUCCAUCAGUUGAUGCACUUUCAUGUGAGGUUUUAUCUUAGAAAUACCAUGGAGAACACAAAAAUGGAAUGAAACAGGUUGAAAUUGUGCAUUUUGAAAGCUAUGGUUGGGCAAAAUUUAUCAUUUGACUCAUAUUUACAUCUAUUCUAUGAGCUUUAGUUAUUCUAUAUGUAUUUUAUAUUUAUUGUACUUGUACUAAGCUUUUACUGUGUAGCAGCAUUCCAUUUAUUUU